GUUUCACGGAGUUUGUGCCGCUGCCGUUCGUACACAUGGAGGCGCCCAUGUACCUCAAGGGCUUCUCCCGCCGCGGACCCACUCUGUCGGAGGCGGUGUUGCUUCACGCGGUGGCUCGACUGGCGCUGCACCCGCAUGUGACCAACAUACAGGCCUCCUGGGUGAAGCUGGGUCCCCCCCGCGCCGCCCGGCUGCUGGCUGCCGGCUGCAACGACAUGGGCGGCAGCAUCAUGAACGAGAGCAUCACUCGGGCAGCGGGCGCCACCCACGGCCAGGAGCUCCCCCCCUCCCGCAUGGACCGCAUCAUCCGAGCAGCCGGCAGAACCCCCCGCCAGCGAAACACACUGUACGGCACCCCGCCACCCGAGCAGGUAGCACGGUCGUACGGAGUGUACGGCGCGCUGCAGCCGCUGGUGACGGCGCCCCCGGGGUGCGAGCUGUGAUGUGGGGUGGAGGGAGGGGUGGGGGGAGGUGUUGCAGGUGGGCUUGAUCUAGGUCGUGGAGAGGCUGAGUUUUCGAGUUGUGAGGAAGGCAGGUGUGGGGCUUAGUAGGGAUAGAUGGUGCAGACAUGAGCGGCGAGGGGGCUUUGUAGGUUCGGGUUUUGGGGAGUUGAGAGGAGGUCUGCGGGUGAGGGUGAGUGCAAGGAGGGUGCGUGAGUGCAAGGAGGAGAGGGUGGCAAGGAGGAGAGGGUGAGGCAGGAGCGGUGGGCAGGCUGGGAGGGUAACCGGGUCCAGAGGGUCGCAGGGAGGAAGAGUCCGGAAUGGGAGGUGCCGAGGAGCGGUUACUGAGACCCCGCUGCAUGCGCGGGGGGUCGAGGAGAGAGGGGGAGAGUGGGGGUUUCACACGUCAUCUCCCAACUGCACGGCGGCAGAGGGGGUGCGCGUACUAGACGACAUUGCAGGACGGAAUUGCGGGACACUGCAGGAGCCCGAGGUCAUAUACCGGUGCUGAGUGAGAGCUGGAGGAGUGGUGGCUCGCCAGGAAGAUGAGGGGACUGGGUGGUGGAUGGCUGCAACCGGCGGCGGCGCAUGCCGGCAGCUGGGUGUACGACACCAGAGAGGCAGCUGGGUGUACGACACCAGAGUGGCAGCUGGGUGUACGACACCAGAGUGGCAGCUGGGUGUACGACACCAGAGUGGUUGCUGGGUGUACGACACCAGAGUAGCAGCUGGGUGUACGACACCAGAGUGGCAGCUGGGUGUACGACACCAGAGUGGUUGCUGGGUGUACGACACCAGAGUGGUUGCUGGGUGUACGACACCAGAGUGGUUGCUGGGUGUACGACACCAGAGUGGUUGCUGGGUGUACGACACCAGAGUGGUUGCUGGGUGUACGACACCAGAGUGGCAGCUGGGUGUACGACACCGGUGUGAAGGCCACCAGAGGACAGAGCAGGGUGGAUUGCAGGCGAGGGCAUGUACGGCAUGUGCAUUGUACAAUGUGGAGGCAGGAGAUGAGGCUUCAAGAACGCGAGGGAUACCGGUGUUUGAUUGAAAUGAGCUGAGCUGAGCUGCGAUAUGUCAUCCGAGGGUUUCUUGGCAGCUGGCUGGAAUCCUGCUUCCCGUGCGCAACGGAGGGAGGUGUGGGAGGCAAUCAGUGUUCGUGUGGCCGUACAACUGUGUGGUGCUCUCCUUUUCGGGCCGUCGAAAACGAGUUCCAAUGCUGGUGUAGCCGCCGCCGCUGCCGUGGGUGACCUGGCUGCAGCCAACUGCGUGUUGUGUACCCUGAGCAUGCAGCGCCACCCCAUGAGCAGCCAACCGUGUACGGACUUAAACUUACGGACAUUCGGAAUGGAUAGCAUGUACAACAGCAAUAUAAGAAUCCUGCCUAAAGGAGUGUUCGAAACAGAACAUGUAACUACUAACCAGGC